CAGCUCUCGGAGUUUAACAGAGCUCAUGUCAGUACAGAGCAGGAAGCACCGUAGUACGUUAAGCGAAAUUAUUCGUACCAAACACGUGAACUAAAAGCGAAAAAGUUCAUCAAAAGGGAAAACACAACAACUACACAUUUCUUUAUUACAAAUCGGGAUAGUUAGGAGAAAAAAAAAGUUUUAAUUCCUACCGUUAUGGGAAUGAAUGAACCACAAGAUCGUUAUUGAAGACUGGGAAAUUUUGCGAAAUUGAAUGCAGCAAAGUCUUGCAGAUCUUACAGCAUUGGAUUCCUCAGACCAUCCUCCUCAACAAGAGCAGCAGCAGCAGCAUAUUCAGCUGGCUGGUAAUCUCCUCUCACCUGAGACAAAAAGCUGCCGCGUCAGCUGCGUCUCCACCUCCUCUGUUUCUCCAUACAGUCAGAGCACCGGCAGCACAGCACCAUGGCUGCAGCCAAGACAGAGAUGCUCCCCUCAGCCCUGCAGAUCUCAGACCCACUGGGCUUCUCCUACUCUCCCAUGGACAGCUACCCCAAGCUGGAGGAGAUGAUGUUGCUCCACUCAACAGGGACCCCCUUCCUGACUGCCUCUGCACCAGACGGUGUAGGCUUUGGUACCGGGGAGCCAGGAGACUCAUACAACCAUCUGACUGGAGAUACAUUGCAUGAUAUCUCUAUCGGCUGUGAGAAGUCUCUCAUGGAGCAGACCUACUCAACCCCUCGCCUGCCUUCCGUCUCCUACACAGGGAGGUUCACCCUGGAGCCUGCAACCAGUUGCAGCAACAGCCUGUGGCCAGAGCCAUUAUACAGCCUGGUCAGUGGGCUAAUGGGCAUGUCCCAACCACCCACCUCAGCUGCCCCAUGCUCCUCUGCUGCUCCGGUCAGCUCCUCCCACACCGUGAGCUGGCCCAUCCAAAUCGGCGACACCAGCACCACCUACUGCAGCGUCAGCCCUGACCUCUUCCCUGACUCCAACCAGUCCUUUCCCAGCCCCUCAAACAGCUCAGUCCAGUACCCACCACCUGCAUACCCCAGCAGCAAGACAUGCUCCCCCAACAUGUCUCUGCCCAUGAUACCAGACUAUCUAUUUCCUCAGCAGCAGGGUGAGAUCAGCUUGCUGCCCCCUGACCAGAAGCCUUUCCAGUGUCAGAGUAUCCAGCAGCAGCUCUCCCUCACGCCUCUGUCCACCAUCAAGGCUUUUGCCACACAGACUGGUUCUCAGGACCUGAAGGGCUCCUACCAGUCUCAGCUGGUGAAGCCUGGCUCUCAGGACCUGAAGGGCUCCUACCAGUCUCAGCUGGUGAAGCCCAGCCGCAUGCGCAAGUACCCCAACCGGCAGUGCAAGACUCCGCCCCACGAGCGGCCCUACGCCUGCCCCGUGGAAACAUGCGUCCGCCGAUUCUCCCGUUCAGACGAGCUGACACGCCACAUCCGCAUCCACACGGGCCAGAAGCCCUUCCAGUGCCGCAUCUGCAUGCGUAACUUCAGCCGCAGUGACCACCUGACCACGCACAUCCGCACGCACACGGGCGAGAAGCCCUUCCCCUGCGACAUCUGCGGCCGCAAGUUUGCCCGCAGCGAUGAACGGAAACGGCACACCAAGAUUCACUUGAGGCAGAAGGACAAGAAGGUGGAGAAGGCAGGGUCCGCCCCCAUGGCCAUCCCCUCCCCAGUCUCAGGGUACCCCUCCCCCUCCACAUCAUACCCCUCCCCCAGCUCCUCAUACCCCUCCCCCAGCUCCUCAUACCCCUCCCCAGUGCCGUCCUGCUACUCCUCCCCGGUGCACAGCUCCUAUGGCUCCCCAUCAGUCAACACCAUGUACUCCUCAGCCUCCAGUACAUUUCAAACGCACGUAUCCACCUCGUACGGUUCCCCCACAAACAUUCACAGCUCCCCUGUGGGCACUCCUCAGUCAGACCUGCAGUCCACCCUCUCUCCAAAGAACAUUGACAUCUACUAAGGCUUUCAUAUCUUUACUUGUCAUUUAUUUCUGUUUGAAAAGAACAAGCAAACAUCAUUGUUACCUUUCCGAAAGGCACCUUUUUCUCCCCCUGUGUUCGUACAGCACUUAAAGAUCAUGAAACGUAACCGAUGGCGACAGAGAAUGGAAAGGGAACGGUUUCUCUCUUCAACUCAACCCCAGUACUUCAACGAGUCUUCUGAUAUGUAGAGAGCAAAGGAUAUUAGGAUUUUGGUGGGACUUUUUGAUACUGACAGCCUGAAAUUCAAAAAGACUGAUGAUAUGCAGACCGCACCGUGUAUCAGUGUAUCUGUGUCCUUUUUGACUUUGUAGAUGAUUGUUCUUUACAUGGUAUCAUGGGAACUUGUUGGCACCAUGUUUCUCUGAAUACGUUUUCUCGUAUGUAGUAACAAUGGUGAAACCACGUUUUAUUGGAGAAGUACUCGAGCAUGUUUACUGUAAGACACAUUUGUUUUUAUUGCUUUGUAUAUUACCCAUUGGUACUCUCUUCCCUGUUCCUUUUUCAACAUGGAUUCAUGAAAAAAUCAUUUUUAAUUAACAUUUUUUUGUGCCUUUUUGUGAAGCUCAGCAAACUAAACUCUGUUUGUGAUUUGGAUGCGUUGCAUCUGAAGUAGUCUUAGAAUGUGAAGUGUAUUCUUCACGGAUUGUAAGGGAUGAUUUGGAGGGAACCGAGGUCAUAGCUUACACAAGAAUAUAAGUGAAAAAAUAAUAUUUUUUUAUAAUUGAAGGCAUAAAUAUGUACAUAUUCAGCAGUCAAAAUGUUGUUACCUACUGAGUAGGCAUGGGAUUUUUGCAUGUUAUUUACAUGCAGUUCAUUAUUUUGUGGUUAUUUGUAAUUGUAAAACCAAGUGACUGUUUUUGGUUUCUAAAGACAUUGAAUGCGCUUAACUGCCAAGGAUAUUGGUGUACAUGAUAUCCUUUAAGAAAAGGGAUAUUAAUAAAAUAUCAAUAUAUUACGAUAAAAUUGAGUGUGUAUUCAAAUGUUCUAUAUCAAUAUUUGCCUAAUUUUAGCAGAGACAUACACUCAGAUGAAACCUCCAAAAGCACACAUUAAUAGUAUUUGUUGAAAAGAAAAGGUCAUUUAAACUGAGCAAAUGCACAUUAGUCCAGAAUAUUGCAUUUUAUGUCCAAUACCACUAGAUAAUUUAUAGUAGUGUAGUGGCGGCCCUCUUCUCCUCCCUCGUUAUCUGAGAGGAGUCCGACUGAGUGUUGUCGUCAUGUGUGCUUCCCUGAAGCUGGAUGUAUCCCAAAUUGCACCAUAUUCCCCAGGGCCCUGGUCAAAAGUAAGUAGUGUGAUAUACACAGUGCACAAAACAUUAAGAACACCGACUCUUUCCAUGACAGACUGACCAGGAGAAAGCUAUGAUCCCUUAUUGAUGUCACUUGUUAAAUCCACUUCAAUCAGUGUCGAUGAAGGGGAGGAGACGGGUUAAAGAAGGAUUUCUAAGCCUUGAGACAAUUGAGACUUGGAUUUUGUACGUGUGUCAUUCAGUGGGUGAAGGGGCAAGGCAAAAGAUUUCCGUGCCUUUGAACAGAGUACGGUAGUAGGUGCCAGGUGCAACGCUGCUGGGAACUGCAACACUGCUUAGUUGAACCGCCCAAAGGCCAUCCAGACAACUUGACACAACUGUGGGAAGCAUUGGAAUCAACAUGGCCCGACAUCCCUGGGGAACACUUUCGACACCUUAUAGAGUCCAUACCCCCGACUAAUUGAGGCUGUUCCGAGGUAAAAACAACAAAAAAAGUUGGGUGGUGUUGAACUCAAUAUUAGGAACGUGUUCCUAAUGUUUUGUACAGUCAGUGUAUAAGGAAAAGGGUGCAAUUUAGGGGGACAUCCUGUGUCGUAACAGGACAACAGCUUUAGGUCUCUUCCAAGCUUCUGUCAACUUCUCACACACACUGUCAGCUCAUAGAUCCCAUGUGGGAUAUUGUUAGCCAAUUACAGUGCCUUCACAAUGUCUUCAUACACCUUGACUUAUUCCACAUACAGACUGAAUUUAGAUUUUGUGUCACUGGCUUACACACGAUACCCAUAAUGUCAAAGUGGAGUUAUGUUUUUUUUUUUUGAAAUGUUUACAAAUGAAUCAAAUAUGAAAAGCU